AUGGGAGGCGACGCGCUGGGGCGGCACGACAGCACCUUCGUCGACGUGCUGCUGUCCCUCGGCGACAACACAUCCGGCAACGGCACCGGCGGCGCGGCCCCAGAGCGGCGGUUCACGAGGGACAACGUCAAGGGGCUCCUAGCGAAUCUGUUCGGGGCAGGGGCAGACUCCACCAUCAUCGUGCUCGAAUGGGCCAUGGCAGAGCUGCUCCGCAACAAGGACGCCAUGAAAAAGCUACAGCACGAGCUAAGAUCUGCUGGAAGCAUCGACUCCCAAAUAAUGGACAACAUGAUCACCCAAGAAGAUUUAGAAGGGAUGGUCUACCUGAAAGCGGUGAUGAAAGAGAUGAUGCGGCUGCACCCUCCGGGGUCGCUGCUGAUCCCCCGGGAGGCCAUGGAGCCCGCGAGGAUCCAACGGUACGACGUGCCGAGCAAGACCAUGGUGAUCGUCAACGCGUGGGCCAUCGGAAGGGACCCCGACAGCUGGGAGUCCCCGGAGGAGUUCCGGCCUGAGAGGUUUCUCGGCAUCGGCGGCGAGGUGGACUUUCGUGGCCGACAUUUCCAGCUCGUACCGUUCGGUUCUGGGAGGAGGGUGUGCCUGGGGAUCAACUUCACCAUGUCCAUCAUGGAGGUCGCCAUUGCCAACCUCGUCGGCCGGUUCGACUGGGCGCUGCCGGAGGGGGGGACGGAGGAGGUGGUGGACAUGGAGGAGGCGCCCGGGAUCACCUCGCGAAAGAGGGUUCCCCUUCGCGUCCUUGCUACACAAUGGGCAUCGUGCGAUCACGACGUGUAG